UGCAACCCUGCAGCGACGCCAUAUUGUGACAGCCGCUGUCAAUUUCUCUUUCGCUCUUUCUUGUUCAACCGUUCGCCACACAAGAUGACGAAGGGUACCUCCAGCUUUGGUAAACGCCACAACAAGACGCACACCUUGUGCCGUCGUUGUGGACGUUCUUCGUACCACAUCCAAAAGUCGACUUGCGCCCAGUGCGGCUACCCUGCCGCCAAGUUGCGUUCCUACAACUGGUCUGUGAAGGCCAAGAGGAGGAAGACCACCGGCACCGGUCGCAUGCAGCACCUGAAGGUUGUGCGUCGUCGUUUCCGCAACGGAUUCCGUGAGGGCACCCAGGCCAAACCCAAGAAGGCCGCUCCUUCCAGCAAGUAGGACCGACUGGCUAUCAUAAGGUAUAUCCCCAAAGAUAUAUGUAGAUAGCAGUUCCCUAUUACAAGAACGACAGCCUCUGGCAGAACUUCGUGAAAAUACCAUCUAAAAUCCUCAGUAAAUGGCCCCUAAAAAGGCUAAUAAAUUGCUCGAGCGCUAAUAAAUGAACGUUUUUUUUUAUUAAGUGAA